AUGGACUUGUUUCCGCAGUACUGUAGUGUAAUUAAAUAUUUAGAGAAAUAUUCUCAUAUAAAAAUGUUUGAAAAGCACCUGAUCAAAACAUUUCGUGGGAAAAAACGACCAGUAUGUGUCAUUCCAGUUUAUCUUGCUCUGCAUGAUUUAUUAGAAGAAUCAGGGCCGAGUCUAAUGUUCGCUGUGUAUCGGUUCUCAAAACUAGAAAAACUUCUCCAAGAAAUAAUAUUUUGUCUUGCGGUUGAAAUCGAUAUACUAUCGUGCGAUGAUGAUAUAAACUCUAUUAUUGUGGAAGUAAUUUUCACAGACAUUUUAUGCAUCCCAGACUACAAAUUUACUAAAGAUUGUUUGACUGUCAUAGAAGGUGUUGUUAUAGGAAUAACACAUGUUCAUUCGUUCACCAAAGCAGUUCUGUAUUCAUGUCCAGAACAUCUUUGUCCGGGAAAUAACAAUUACUUUAUCCAACAUACAACGGACAUUUACAAAAGGUUGACGAGAUUCCAAUGCAAAUUUUGUCAUACAGAUCUGAGAGAAGAAAUGGAGAAGAGGUUGUUCUCAAAAAGAGUGGAAUUUCUCUUACUACCAAACCCGGAAAACGGAUCAGAAAUUAUUACAUUGAAUAGAAGCGUUAAAUGCACUGUUUGUGAUAAACUAAUUUCCAAACUUAAAUUCGGAAGAAGAUGCUUCAUUUCUGGUGUUCCUCAUCUAAAAAAAGCUGAUCGUUCAUACCAAUGGGAGUUCAAGGUUUAUGGGAUUGAAGAUUCAUUCAUUAGUUCUAUGGACCCCUGGAAAUGCGUUCUCACUACGGUUGUAGAAAAUUUACCUAACUAUAUCCGUGCAUAUGAAUUUGGCAUCGCAUUCACGUUCGCAUUCAUGUUCUUAGAUAAUGUUACGAAACCCGGCACUUUUUUCCUGUUAAAGUGGCUUCUACUCUUACUUCUAGUUCAAAAUGAAUUCACAGAACCUGAUGAAAAACUUUUAUUUUCGCAAGUCUCGUGUAGACCUCCAGCUCUACUUUUAGUGGGACCCCUAGGCGACAACUUAUCAAAUAACCUACUGAGAGCAGCAGGACAAUUUUCAAAACCAUUUUGUGAGCACAAACCUGGGAGUAGUAUACCUCCGACAUCUUUGGAAGUGGACUUCAGUGGAUCUAAGAAACCAAAUGUAAAAUGCCUUUGGAAAACUACGAAGAAACAGAAUACCUUACAAACGAAGUCUAUAGAGCUGGAUAAAUUGUGUACAAAUGAAGAACAAACAGUUAUGUGUGGAACUAUAGAACUGGCUUCUGGAGGAAUAGCUUAUUUCCCAAAUUUGGAAUUUUAUAAGAAAAAGGAACUAACUAGUCUCGUUUACGCUUUAGAGAACAUGACCGUGGGUGACUCAUAUUCACGUUGUGGGGUUGAUUUGACAUCUGUUCAUAAGGUCAGCGAAGAGCUAUUUUACCCUAAUGAAACCACUAUUUGGGCUACUGUUGAAGUUAAUCCACUGCGAAGAAAAAAAGUCGAAGAUCCUAUUGUUAAAAUUUCACAAAAUUAUUUAUCUGACACAGAUAUUUUUAUUGAAACGAUGGUAAAAACUAACGAGAAGUGUACCAAUUUACUGCUCAAUGGAAAUUUGAAAAGAGUUAUACACGCUUUCGAUAUAGUUGUCAAUACUCAAGAGGCUUCCGGCCCAAUCAAGCUCAUGGAUGGAUCAAUAGCGGACUUCUGUUUAUCAGCAACAUGCAAUUUGGAAACCGUAAAAUCUUCAGGGAAGUCUUCACUCCCAAAUAUGAAAAUUUACUCAAGUCUUCUAGAUACAUGCAAGAACGCACCUACAGUGAAAAUGGAAGAAAAUGCUAGUAAAUUACUGCAAGUUUACUACUUGGCAAUGAGGCGUUCAUCCGUUCGAGAUCGAAAAACAGCUCCAGCGUCAGCAUUGCCCACAUUAUUUAAAUUGGCCAAAAGUAAUGCUAAGAUUAACGGACGCAUUGUUGCAAACGAACUUGAUGCUACUGUUUCAAUUUAUAUCUACGACACUUUUAUUCCAAAUCAGACAGGUACAGAUUACCUUGGGUCAAAAUCAUUUCACUAUAUCGCUGGAAUGGAACAAGAGUCAUUGGAAGAACUGAAUAACAUAUUGGAAUCAAUAAACAAGCAGCUGAAGGACUUAAUCAAUGUUGCCAUGGAUGAAAUGUAA